UAGCUGCAUUUGUAGGCAAAAAAUUUUGAGCAUAUAAAUAUACCAACCAAGCACACUUUUUAUUCAUUAGAAUUGCCUAAAGUUGAAUCCACACCGCCCACACACCAAACUCCUCCUCAUCUCUUCUAGCUCUCUUUCAAUGGAGUGGACUAGGGGUCCAAUUAUUGGUCGUGGCUCUUCUGCCACCGUCUCCCUCGCUACCAAUUCCUCAGGGGAGCUCUUUGCUGUUAAAUCCACUGAGCUAUCUUGUUCUAACAUAUUACAAAGAGAGUACUCUCUAAUUUCUCAGCUCAAUUCGCCAUUUUUAGUCAAUUGCUUUGGCUUUGACAUUACUAGCGAACAAAAUAAGACCACUUACAACAUGUUCAUGGAAUAUAUACCAGGUGGCACUCUUUCUGAUUUGAUCAAGAAACAAGGAGGUUCCUUGAACGAGUCCGUGAUUAAAUCUUACGCUCAACAAAUUCUACAGGGAUUGGAUUAUCUUCACUCAAUUGGGGUUGUACAUUGUGACAUAAAGGGCCAAAACAUUUUAAUUGGUCAAGAUGGUAUCAAGAUUGCAGAUUUGGGAUGUGGGAAAUUUGUACGAGAUGAAAAUUCUGCGAAUUCUGGAAUUUCUGGCACACCGGCUUUUAUGUCACCUGAAGUUGCUCGAGGCGAAGAACAAAGAUUUACAGCUGAUAUUUGGGCUUUUGGGUGUACUAUUAUUGAAAUGGCUACAGGGUCACCUCCUUGGACUGAUAUGAAGGAUCCUGUUUCUGCUCUGUAUAGAAUUGGUUAUUCAGGGGAUGUGCCUCAGUUCCCAAAUAGUUUAUCCAACGAUGCUAGAGAAUUUUUAGCAAAGUGUUUGAUAAAAGACCCCAAAGAGCGAUGGACAGCUAAACAACUUCUUCAACACCCAUUUUUGCAAUCUUUAGAGUCUAAUUCUUGGAAAGUUGAAAACUUGAAGAGGGAUUCUCCCACUAGUGUCUUGGAUCAAGGCUUUUGGAAUUCGUUUGAGGUGAUGGAAUCUUCUUCAUUAGAGUCAAGCAUCACCGUUGAUUCCCCUGCAGAUAGGAUCACACGGCUCAUUGGUGAUGAGGGAAUAUCAUGUACUUUGAAACCUGAUUGGGUUGAGGAAGAAGGUUGGGUGACAGUUAGAUGCAGUGAUACAGAAGAAAGUUCGAUAAUUUCAGAGCAAAAUUGCGAGUUGAUCCCAGAUUUUGAAGAAUUGGUGGAUAUGGAAACAUCUGUGCCUACAAAUUUUUCUGAUCAUGAGUUUGUGGCCUCAUUGGACUUUGAGUUGUUCACUUUGAUUGAUUGCAUUAACGAUGAGAUAAUUAGCAUUUUUUAUACUGGUAGUAAUACGAUUAAUUUGAUGAUAUCUCCUGAGAGUGUAGGAGACGUUUUUGUAUCUGAGUUUAAUGAUUCUGAAAUAAAAAAGAUGAAAUUUUAUUGUCCAAUUGAAAUUCUUUUGCUGUUCAAUUUCUCCUAUGAACUGGAAUUUCAUUUUCUCCCUCUCAAUGGUUGGAUGUUCUAUUUUUACCUAUUAUCUGGUUUCCGUUGUUGUUAUAGAUCUUUUGUCUUUGAACCGAGGGUGUCCCGAAAACAACAUUUCUGCACUUCGAAGUAG